AUCGCGACUUGGAAGAAGAAAGCGGGAAAAGUUCUUGUACUUACAGUGGUUCUUUGGUGAGUGAAAGUGUUGCUUUUUUCAAGUGAAAUUAAUCUUGAGAAAAGUGUUGGGAUCCGGUAAGAAGUCCGGUCGUUUGAAGAACAUCAAUAUUUUUAAAGAGUGAUAGUUUGAAACUGUAGAGUUUUGGGGUUUUUUGAGUUUUGUGAAUCAAAAGUUCAGUGAGGAAAAUUUAAAUUUAAAGACAUUUCAGAAGGGAGUCAUAAUUUGGAAGAUCCACAGAAACUCUUGAAAGUUAUUACAGUCUUGUAGAUUUUCAAGAGCAAGAAAUAACGUCAUCGAAAUAUUUCCCAGAAGUGAGCCAGUUGGUGUGAAAAAAAAUCAUUGAAUCGUAACGACCUGAGGAGAAGUGGCUCCUUGAAAGAAGACAAAAGUACAAUUAAUGAGUUAACUUUGGUGCUUGCAGCAGAGAAGUUGUCUCUUGAGUGGUACGUGUUUGGUGUGGUGAUAUCUGCCCAGUUUCUGGCGGUGCGAAAGAAAUUUACGCUUCGGCCCAAGUGGUGAACCGUGUAGUUUUCCUGCUGUUGAUUUGAUCUGAGAGAAGAAGAAAGGGUGACAAUUUGUUGACAAUUACGGCAACGACGACGGCGGCGGCGAUGAAUGUGUUGCUGCUGUUGCUGAAUUCAGUGAUUUUGGUGACCAUCGACUUUCUGUAAAUGUUCGUGAAACUUUGUGGUGAGUUUUCUUCAUUUGACCAAGAAAUUGACGGAACUUGUGAAGAAUUGACGCAGGAGUCGUCCAACUGAACGGACCUGCUGCCUGACCCCCUAAAUGACGCCCGCUCCCAGUGUGGCAGUGUGUCACAUCAUCACCAGGCCCUCCGUUAUCCUUCGUUGUCACAUCAUACCGCCGUCCUAGGUCCGAAAUCAAUCGCCUAUCGGCAGCCAAUUGAAAGUGUCACCGGUAGUAAUUAAAAGUGAUUGAAGAGUUCGAUCGGUUGGUGUGUGUGUGUGUGUGUGUUCGGGUGAAUGGGUGUUCCCAUGUGGAAGUGCAGUGCAAGUCGAUAGACAGCAAUCAGGAAAAUUAAAGAUCUAGGGUGGUGUGGAGGAAGGCGCUGAAGCGUUGAAGUAGUGUGAAGGUGCUAUAAAAUGAUGUCACAGCACUUGAACUCGAUGCUGGAGCAUCUGAAAAUGGGCUCGCUGAUUAACAAGGGCAGGAGCAAUGCCGCCAAUGGAGGCGUCACAUCGAAUCACAACGGCAACGGGUUCAACAACAAUAACAACGCAAGCUUAGGCAAUAACAACAACAACAACAACAGCGUGACGGGCGUACAAUCGCCGGAAAACAACGGUUCGGUCGCCAGCGAUGGGGCGACGACAUUGUUCCACGAGCACCGUGCGGAAGCGGUCAAGACGAUGAUGGGCUCGAAAGUUGCCCCCUCCAACGAUCAAGUGGCCAAUAAUCAGCAGAAUAAAUCUAAUAACACGACAGCCAACCUUCUGUCGUCGUCUGACGCAGGACACGCUCCCGUAUCGAGUGGCAAGUACGAUCCGGCGCGCAAACGAUGCAGCAUCUCGGUGCACAGUCAGCACAAUCAUCAACACUCUGGGGCUGGUGUGAACAGUUCAAAUGGUGAUGCCAUCAGACCCGGCAGUGGCGUUGGCGGAGGUGGUGGUGGGGGGCUACGUGAACUAUCGCCCCAAUCGCUGAGAAUACACCGGAAGUCCUCGCAUGACAUUCGCAUCCUGGGGGCAGACGGGGAAAUGCUGCUGCACGAGGCAGGCGGCGGCAAGAUGCCAACCGUAGUGAAGCCGAUCAAACUGAAGAGCAUCUGCACCAAGGCUGAGUCGUACGACACGCUGCACGGGCGGGCCACUGAUGUGAUGCACUGCUCCAGGGAGGUUUGCAUGGGUAGCGUGAUGUUGCCGAACAUCGUCGGGACGGAGCCGAGAAAGGCGGAUAUUGUGCUGCAGCACGCCAAGGAAUUCCUGGAUCAGUACUAUUCGUCCAUUAGGAGGCUAAAAUCUCCCGCCCACGAAGCUCGCUGGCAGCAAGUGCAGAAGGAGGUCGACUCCACCGGGUCCUACCAACUGACCGAGACGGAGCUGAUCUACGGAGCAAAGCUGGCGUGGCGCAACUCGUCCCGCUGCAUCGGACGGAUACAGUGGUCCAAGCUGCAGGUUUUCGACUGCCGCUACGUAACCACCACCAGUGGAAUGUUUGAAGCAAUUUGCAAUCACAUCAAGUAUGCCACCAAUAAGGGAAACCUCAGAUCGGCGAUAACGAUAUUCCCGCAGCGAACGGACGGAACGCACGACUAUCGUGUCUGGAACUCCCAACUCAUCUCCUACGCCGGCUACAAGGGCCAAGACGGCAAAAUCAUUGGCGAUCCGAUGAAUGUCGAGUUCACUGAUUUCUGCAUCAAGCUGGGAUGGAAAAGCAAACAAACCGAGUGGGACAUUUUGCCAGUGGUGGUUUCAGCGAAUGGACACGAUCCGGACUACUUUGACUAUCCCUCGGAGCUGAUCCUGGAAGUCCCGUUCAGCCAUCCUCAGUUCAAGUGGUUCGCCGAAAUGAAUCUUCGAUGGUACGCACUUCCCGCCGUUUCGGGAAUGCUGUUCGACUGCGGGGGCAUCCAGUUCACGGCCACCUCCUUCAGCGGGUGGUAUAUGUCAACGGAAAUCGGGUGCCGAAAUCUGUGCGACAUUAACAGGAGGAAUCUGCUGGAGCCCAUCGCAGUGAAAAUGGGCCUGGACACACGGAAUCCAACGUCGCUGUGGAAGGACAAGGCCCUGGUGGAAAUCAAUAUCGCAGUGCUGCAUUCGUUCCAAUGCCGAAACAUCACCAUCGUGGACCAUCACACGGCCAGCGAGAGUUUUAUGAAGCACUACGAAAACGAAACCAAGCUGAGAAACGGCUGCCCAGCGGACUGGGUAUGGAUCGUGCCGCCAAUGUCCUCCUCUGUAACGCCAGUCUACCAUCAGGAGAUGGCGCUCUAUUAUCUUCGGCCGUCGUUUGAGUAUCAGGAAUCCGCACUUAAAACGCACAUUUGGAAAAAGGGACGAGACUCAUCGAAAAACAAAAAACCUCGACGGAAAUUCAACUUCAAACAAAUUGCAAGGGCCGUUAAAUUUACAUCGAAAUUGUUCGGACGGGCCCUAUCACGACGGAUCAAGGCAACGGUCCUGUAUGCAACCGAAACCGGACGCUCGGAACAGUAUGCAAAGCAACUGGUGGAACUGCUCGGACAUGCAUUCAACGCUCAGAUCUACUGCAUGUCUGAUUACGACAUCUCGUCGAUAGAACACGAAGCGUUGCUGCUGGUGGUGGCGUCCACUUUUGGCAACGGAGAUCCUCCGGAAAAUGGCGAGGGAUUUAGAGAACACUUGAUUGAGUUUCAGAAAAAAAUGCUCUUCGCACAGGACCUGUACGCGAUGAAACUGCACGAGGGUGGCCACAGUCAGGCACACAGCGAGCUCAGCAUUGCCGCGUCGUCGAAAUCGUUCAUCAAAGCGAACUCCCGCAGUGACAUGAACAAGCACGGGCAGGGAAAUCGGAAAAUGGACCGGCUGGACUCGUUGAGGGGUUCCACCACGGACACGCUCUCGGAGGAAACGUUUGGACCGCUGUCCAACGUGCGGUUCGCCGUGUUUGCCCUCGGGUCGUCGGCUUAUCCGAAUUUUUGCGCCUACGGGAAGUAUAUUGAUAACAUUCUGGGCGAACUGGGCGGGGAACGGCUGAUGAAGAUAGCAUCCGGCGAUGAGAUCUGCGGUCAGGAGCAAGCGUUCAGAAAGUGGGCACCGGAAGUGUUUAAGAUUGCUUGCGAGACGUUUUGUUUGGACCCUGAAGAGACCCUCUCGGAUGCGGCUUUCGCACUGCAGAGUGAAUUAUCGGAGAAUACGGUCCGAUUCGCACCGGUCAGUGAGUACGAACGGUUGGAUGCAGCACUGUUUAAGUUCCACAAUAAGAAAUCAACGGAAUGCACACUGAAACGGAAGGCACUGAAUCUGCACGAGGGCUCCCAGGGAAGCGAGCGGUCGACGAUUUUGGUGGAGAUUGUGGCCGAGGGGAUCGCGUAUGAACCCGGUGACCAUGUGGGAAUUUUCCCGGCCAAUCGACCGGACAUCGUAGAUGGGAUAAUAAAACGUCUAUCCGGUGUGGAAAAUCCAGAUGAGGUUCUACAACUACAGGUGCUGAAGGAGAAACAAACGCAAAACGGAGUCUACAAAUCCUGGGAACCUCAUGAGCGUCUUCCUAUUUGCUCCCUUCGAACGCUGCUCUCUCGGUUUUUGGACAUCACGACGCCCCCAUCACGGCAACUGCUAACAUUCCUGGCUUCAUACUGCGAGAAUAAAACGGACGAAGAACGAUUGCUGAUGCUGGCGAAUGAACCAUCGGUCUACGAAGACUGGCGCUACUGGAAGCUGCCACAUCUGCUGGAAGUACUCGAGGAAUUCCCUUCCUGCAAACCACCGGCAACGGUCCUGGUGGCACAACUAAACGUCCUACAACCCCGGUUUUAUUCGAUAUCGUCCUCGCCGAGAAAGUACUCCAACGAAAUUCACCUAACGGUGGCCAUUGUGACCUAUCGGGCGGAAGAUGGUGAAGGCGCCGAACAUUACGGAGUUUGUUCCAACUAUCUGGCCAAUCUGGAAGGAGAAGACAAGAUUUAUUUGUUUGUGAGGAGCGCCUCGUCUUUCCACAUGUCCAAGGAUCCGAGUAAGCCGGUGAUCCUGAUCGGACCUGGGACCGGGAUUGCACCGUUCCGUUCGUUCUGGCAGGAGUGGAGUACCAUCAAGAUGGAGCUACCGGACACGAAGAUUCCAAAGGUGUGGCUCUUCUUCGGUUGUCGAACGAAGAAAGUUGAUCUCUACCGUGAUGAAAAGGAGGAGAUGCUUCGGAGCGGGAUUCUGGACAGAGUUUUCCUGGCACUCUCUCGGGAAGAAAACGUUCCAAAGACCUACGUCCAGGACCUGGCCCUCAAGGAGUCCGAUUCAAUAAUCGAUCUGAUUUGGAACGAGAAGGCACAUAUUUAUGUGUGUGGCGAUGUCACGAUGGCAGAGCACGUGUACCAGACGCUGAGGCGCAUUCUUGCCACCAAGCUGAACAAAACCGAAUCCGAGAUGGAGAAAUACAUGCUGUCACUGCGGGACGAGAAUCGCUACCACGAAGACAUUUUCGGAAUCACCCUGCGUACGGCGGAAGUGCACAACAAGUCACGUGCAACCGCUCGGAUCCGGAUGGCAUCCUCCAAUACCAGUUCGUACUAGAAGUACGAUCACCCCAGCGCCAGAGACAAAACAAACGAACAAAGGAAGAACAGCGAUGGAUUGAUAUGAAGAUUUUUAAACAUUUACGCAUAGCAUAUAUGUAUAUCUUAUAUCCUUUGAAUAGUGGUUACAAAACCAACCGUGGUGAUGGUUGAAUUGUUUUAUUUUAACCAGUUGAGUUUAUAAACACCAAUUAUAAAUUGGAUUCGCUUGUUUGAGGUUAAAUGGAAUCGAUCCAGCUGUAUUGUCAUUAUUCAAAUAUUGUUAUAAAUGUUCAUGGCCUAUUUCUCUUCUUCCUCAAAUCUCUUUUUCAAAUAAUUGUUAAUCGAUUUUUCCUAGCAGCACUCUCACCACAAAUCUUGUUACUCUCAAGCUGAACAAACAGUCAACAAUCUCCACCAACAGCACCAAAUGAAGGCAACUAUUGUAGGGCACCUUUUGUAUAAUAUAUAUAAUAUAUCAAAUGUUGAUAGUAUAGGAUGAAAUUUGAAAACUUCUAUGCAAUGCUUGUACAGGACUAAGAGAAAAAGGCACAAAUGAUGAAACGAAGUGAUUGCGGGCGAUUGUGAUACCGUUGAAAGUAUAAUAGGGAUAAGCUAACAUGCAAGGGAAUAGGUAAUUGCAGUUUAUGUAUUCAAUUCAUUCAAUUUUAAA